AGAAACACAAGCUACUCAGUGAAAAGACCUCAAAAUCCUGUUUGCAGGCAAACUUGAAGGAGAGGCUCUCACCCCCUGCAGCUUUCCCUGAAACCCAAAGUUCCCUACACCUCUCUCAGCAAUGGCUAUGGUGUGUCUUUCUGACUUUGAAGCUUAUGCUAAGAAGUAUUUACCCAAAAUUGCUUGGGAUUAUUUUGCAGCUGGAGCAGACGACUGUACCACACGAGAUGAAAACAUCCUGGCAUAUAAAAGAAUUCGUUUCCGGCCACGUAUGCUGCGGGACGUAUCUGUGAUGGACAUUAGGACUAAAAUCCUGGGUUCUGAAAUCAGCUUUCCUGUAGGAAUUGCCCCUACAGGCUUCCACCAGCUAGCAUGGCCUGAUGGAGAGAAAAGCACAGCCAGAGCGGCCAGAGCAAUGGACACCUGCUACAUUGCCAGCACCUACUCCACCUGCACGCUGGAGGAGAUCUCCGCGGCUGCGCCCGGCGGCCUCCGCUGGUUCCAGCUCUACAUCCACCGCAACAGGACAGCUUCCCAGCAGCUGGUCCGGCGGGCAGAGGCCUUGGGCUUCCAGGGCCUCGUCCUCACCGCGGAUCUGCCCUACACAGGCAAGAGACGCGACGAUGUCCGCAAUGGUUUCCGCCUUCCUCCCCACAUGAAAGUGAAGAACUUGGAAGGAGCCUUUGAGGGAGAUGACUGCUCUGAGUACGGACUGCCACCCAACAGCUUGGAUCCUUCAGUCACCUGGAAUGACAUCUACUGGCUGCGGAGCCUGACACGCCUGCCCAUCAUCAUCAAAGGCAUCUUGACAAGAGAAGAUGCAGAGCUGGCAGUGAAACAUGGAGUUCAGGGAAUUAUUGUGUCCAACCAUGGUGGAAGGCAACUGGAUGAAGGACCUGCCACUAUUGAUGCUCUGGUUGAGGUUGUGGAGGCAGUACGAGGCAGAGUGGAAGUUUAUGUAGAUGGUGGGAUUCGAAAAGGAAGCGACGUGUUAAAAGCACUGGCACUGGGAGCAAAAUGCGUCUUUAUUGGAAGACCAGCUUUGUGGGGCCUGGCUUACAAGGGUGAAGAAGGUCUUCAGGAUGUCUUGAGAAUCCUUCAGGAUGAGUUUCGCUUGUCUAUGGCCUUAGCUGGCUGUGCCAGCGUCUCAGAGAUUGGCCAGCACCUGGUUCAGUUCUCAAGGCUGUGAUCAGCCUCCUGCCAUGCCCACCAAACAGAGGCAGCUGAAGCCAAGGUCCCAGCCAGACUGAAGAUGAAAAAGGAAGUGCAAUAAGUAUCUGAUAAGGCCUUCUGGAAACUUCAGAAGCGAUUAGGAAAGGCUCUGUGUUAGCAAAGGUUGCUCUCUGCUUUUAUUAAAUGAAUUCCAUAACAG